AUUGAUAAAAAAGAAAUUUUUUUGAGACAUUCUUUAAUUUGUAUUGACUCAAGAACUUUACCUUUUCCCUCUAAGUCUAAAUAAAACAGCUUGCUCUCUCUCUACUUUUGAUCUACACUUCUUUCCUUUCUCUCACAAACAAAACACACCAAAAUACAGUUUUGUCUCAAAACUCUAUCGUCCUUUCUUUUCUUUAUUUUCAUUUGUACAUAUCAAACAAAAACAGAGGAAACAGAGCAAUCAACCAUGGCUACCAACAAAUUUGCAACCAUGUUACACAGAAACACCAACAAAAUCACCCUUGUUCUAGUCUAUGCAAUCCUUGAAUGGAUUCUCAUCCUCCUCCUUCUUCUAAAUUCUCUUUUUUCUUAUUUGAUUAUUAAAUAUGCUGAUUAUUUUGGUCUAAAAAGACCCUGUAUUUGGUGUGCUAGAAUUGAUCAUAUCAUAGAGUCUGAGAAAAAUUUGAAUCCUUGUAGAGAUCUUGUGUGUGAAAAUCAUGCUGUUGAGAUUUCAAAAUUGGGUUUUUGUUUAAAUCAUCACAAACUUGCUGAAUCAGAUGAUAUGUGUGAGAAUUGUUUUUCUUCAUUUUCAUCUAAACAAAAUUAUGGUAAAGUUUCUCAAAAUUUUGAUUUUUUUCCAUGGAUGAAGGAAAUAGCAAUGAUUGAUGGUGUUGAUGAAAAGAUUAUUGAGAAAGUGGAAGAGGGUUUGAAGUGUUCUUGCUGUGGUGUCAAUUUUGAUAACAGAUUUUACCCUCCUUGCAUUGUGAUUAACCCUUCUAUGAACAUUUUGGAUUAUGAACAGAACUCACCUCAGAAGCAGAAUUUGAUCAAAGAAGGUGUGUUUUUCUCAGAAGUUGAUCAUCACUUAGAUCAAAGUAGAUCAGAUUUUGUACUUGAUCAUCAUGAAAAUCAACAGAAGAUUGAAGAAAAGAGUGGAAUUCAUAUGUUGUUUGAGGUUGAACAGGAUUCAGGUAAAAAAGAAGAAGAUGCAGAAGAGAAUUGUUCUUGUUCUGUUUGUGAUGGUGUCAAGGAAACUAUGGUUGAUGAUCUUUACAAGCUUGAAUUUGGUUUAGAGAAAGGUAAAGAUGAAAACUUGGAAUUUAAUGUUGCAAAGCCUAAAGAUGAUGAUCAUGAUGAUGAAGCUUGUGACAAAACUGUUGUUGAAGUUGAGAAAACUGAGGAAAUUCCAUACAAGCAUCUUGAAUUUUUCAUUCAUGGUCAUGAUUGCAGUUUGAUUCCUGUUGAAUCGGUUGAAUCCACUGCCACAGAAAAUGGAAAUCAAAGUGAAUAUAAUAAGGUUGUGGAUGAAGGGUUUAUAGCCAGUGAAGAUUUUAUUCUUGACUUUGGUAUGAUGAAUACUGAUGCAGAAGCUGAACCAUUGAUUGAGAAAUGGCACAUUUCUGGUGAUAUUGUAGCAGAAUUUUCUUGUCAAGAGAAUAAAAAUGUCUACAAGGUUAAUGAGUUUGAAUCAGAUCAAUUGAAUUAUCAUGAUGUGAGAUUUUCUCAAACAGAUGAAGACUUGGCUAAGGAUGAUAAUGUUGAAGUAAACAUGGAAAGAAUGAUGAUGAAUGGAUAUGGAGAUGGGGAAUUAGGUUCAUAUGUUUCUCUAGCUUCUGAAGAUGCAUCACAAAGCGAAGAUGAGGAAUAUGAAGCAGAAGUAUCAAUUGGUACUGAAAUUCCUGAUCAAGAACAAAUUGAUGAGUGUCAAGGCCAAGAUAUUCUUUUGGAUACAAAUCAAAGAAUGCAAGAAGAUUCAUCUACUAGCUCAGUCGGAUUUUAUGUCCAACAUGAUAGUGGUCAUGACAAAGGUGAAGAAGAGUUUUUAGAAUUCAAAACCAUGUCACUUGAAGUGAGAAUGCCAACAACAAUGCCAUCAUAUUCAGAGCUUAAUGAGAAUGAGGAGGAGGAGGAAAAAAUUCCUGACACGCCGACUUCUCUGGAGAGUCUUCAUCAACUACACAAGAAAUUACUUUUUCUUGAGAGGAAAGAGUCAGGAACAGAAGAUUCAUUGGAUGGAAGCGACAUAGAAUGUGGCGAGGUGACCUUAGAGAAGUUAAAAUCAGCAUUGAAAUCCGAAAGAAAAGCUUUGAAAACUCUAUAUGCAGAACUAGAAGAAGAAAGAAAUGCAUCUGCUGUAGCAGCCAAUCAAACAAUGGCGAUGAUCAAUAGGCUUCAAGAAGAGAAAGCAGCAAUGCAGAUGGAAGCUUUGCAGUAUCAACGAAUGAUGGACGAACAAUCCGAGUAUGACCAAGAGGCUAUGCAGCUUCUGAAUGAUCUUAUGAUGAAGAGGGAGAAAGAGAAGCAUGAGCUAGAAAAAGAGCUUGAAGUAUAUAGAAAAAAGGUUCUUGAAUAUGAGGUAAGAGAAAAGAUGAUAUUGUCAAGAAGAGAUAGCAUGAGAAGCCGAACUUCAUCUCCCUCUUGUAGUAAUGCUGAGGAUAGUGAUGGAUUGUCCAUUGAUUUCAAUCAAGAAUCAAAGGAAGAAAAUGGUUUUCACAGCAACCAGAACACUCCUGUUGAUGCUGUCUUAUAUUUGGAGGAAUCAUUAUCAAACUUUGAGGAAGAGAGGUUAUCAAUACUAGAACAGCUGAAAGUAUUGGAAGAAAAGCUCAUUAUAUUGAAUUAUGAAGAUGAAGAACACUUCUUUGAUGAUACUACAUCGAUAGAAGUAGAACAUCUUCGUGAAGAGAACGGGAAUGGAUAUCAUGAUCACGAUCACGAACAUGAUGAUCAACAAGGCCAGGUAAAUGGAUUUGUAAAUGGUAAUGGAAAGCAUCAUCAAGGGAGGAAAAUCAUGGCCACAAAACCAAAGAGGCUUCUACCACUUUUUGAUGCAAUUAGUACAGAAACAGAAGAUGUAGAGUUGAGUGGAGAUGAAAAUGAAUUAGACUUUUCCGAAUCACAAAAUGUUUCGGCUGACAAGACCAGUUUGGAUAAGAAAAAGGUUGGUUUAGAAGAAGAGGUAGAUCAUGUUUAUGAGCGACUACAGGUGCUUGAAGCAGAUAGAGAGUUUCUAAAGCAUUGUAUCAGUUCCUUGAGAAAAGGAGAUAAAGGUUUGGAUCUUCUCCAAGAAAUUUUACAACACCUACGUGAUCUAAGGAAUGUGGAGUUCCGAGUCAGGAAUAUAGGAGAUCUUGCAGUGUAAAAAGUCUACAUGUUCAACUCUACCAAAGAUAUAAUAGUUGAUCAACAUGCUGCAAACCAAGCAUACAAGAGCAAUUAGCACCAUCAAUGCAGUGUUCUACAAGACAAGACAACAAUGCAUAACUUCAAUAUUAACAAAAAAAAUCAGUGGAAGGAAGUUCCCUAAUGGAGAAGGGAGAAUCCUGCUAUGGUCAGUUUGAUACACAAUGUGGUAGACAACAAAAAUUAAGUCUACCUUUUGAUAUUUUUCAUGUUACAUUUUCUAUGUCCAAGUGGACCCAAAUUUUUGUGGGUUGUGUCCAUCAUAAUUGCCUUUAUGAAAAAGGAAGAUGAUGAGCAUAUGUGUGUGUAGGGUAGUGAGGUGAAGCCAUGCUGUCAGUUGUAUUUUGUGAAGAAAAAACUUGGCUUGCAAAGCUGGAGAGAUUCAUAAAAAAUGAUUCCAGUGCCAGGUACAUAGAAUUUUGUUUAUUAUAGAGACAGAAUUAGGGCCACUAGUUUUGUCAUUUUUUUAAAAAUAUUUUUGAGGUAAGAGUGAAGAUUGAGGUAAGUAGCCUCUUUCUCAUGUUUUGCAUUAUUGUAUCCUAUGAGGUUUGUUUUUUUCUUAUGACAAAAAAAGCUGAGUAACUUGUAUACUUCAUGUAUGUAUUCAUUUGUAAUUAUUAUAAAAAAGUGAGUGUUUGUUUA